AUGGGCCAUCGGACAACAUCACAAGGCGUCAUGUCCUCGCUCGCGGAAGAGAAGCCGCUGCUGAAGGCGGCUCACCGAAAGAUCGACAAACGGCUGCUCGUGUGGUACUCCUUCGUCUACCUCAUCAUGCGCAUCCACGUCAGCAACAUCAGCAACGCCGCCAUCAUCAAUCUCGAACAGGGCACCGGCAUCCGCAGACAGCUCGGGGACCUCUCCAGCUCGCAGUGGGCCUGGGCUCUGAGCAUCUUCUACUACCCCUACAUGUUCUUCGAGCCGCUGGCGACGCUGGCGCUCAAGAGGUUCUCGCCCUCGGUCUGGAUGAGCCGCAUCAUGGUCACCUGGGGCAUCAUCUCCAUGUGCCAGGGCGCGACCCAGGACUAUGCCGGCAUACUUGCGUGCCGCUUCUUCCUAGGCCUCGCCGAGGCGGGCUUCUACCCGGGCGUGUUGUACCAUCUCAGCUUCUGGUAUCCGACCCAGAAGCUUCCGCUCAGAAUCUUGUUCAUCCUCGAAGGCAUUCCGGCAAUCCUGUGUGGAAUCUACACAUUCUUCUUCCUGCCCAACUACCCCGAGACAGUCACGUUUCUCACAGAGUCCGAAAGGGAGGCUGUCAUGGCCGACCUCCCGGAGCAAGCCCCCAAUAUGAACGCCAAGACCUUCAACCUCCAGCAGGUCAAGGAGCUCUUCCGUAACCCGACCUUCAUCCCGUUCCUGAUGAUCUGGAUCACGCAUGGCAUCGGUGGAUGGGGCAUCUCUUUUGUCUUGCCGACAGUCAUCUACGAGCUGGGCAUCUCCAACACGGCAAUCUCGCAGGUCAUGACGAUGCCGCCCUUCACUCUCGUUUUUGUCAUCCUUUUGUCGCUCGCAUUCCUCGUCCACACCCGGCGACUGAGCCCAUGGGUCGCUGGACUGGGUCUGGAGGCCGCCCAGAUCGUUUGCUACGUGCUUCUCAUCACGGUCAAGCACCCCAUCGCGAAAUACGUCUUUGUCAUGAUUGCAACAGCCGCAUCGCAGAGUUUCUUUGCCAUCAUUUGGCCGGAGCGUAUCAGGGCAGCAAAGGGAACGACAACUGCUGGCCUUGCCAUUGGACUCACGAACGCCUCAUGCCAACUCAUGGGCAUCGUAGGCCCCCAGAUAUACCAACCAAAGUUCGGACCGACUUAUCGCGUGAGCUAUUCUUGCUCCAUCGGGCUGCUCUGCGGGACGCUGCUGGCCGUCUCCAGCGCUUGGUUUCUCGUUGCCCGGCAGGAUCGCGCCGAGGGAGUCCGGGGGAGCGGAACGGGAGGAUCGGACACAGAAACCGGGGUUAACAUAGGGGAGGAGGGACGGGAAUCCAAAGGUUGA